AUCUGAUAUGACCCAGACAGAAUCCGCCCCUCAAAGGCACGUGACACGGUCAUUUUGAGCUCCAAGCUCCGAUAGCAAGCCAGCAUCUCGAACAAUCGCAACACAUCUGUUCUCGGAUCACCAUAGCUAGGCGAUGGGUAGCUGGUACAACAACCUGGCAGAGGGACACAAUGGAAUGUUGAACACACGCAAACACCCCGAAGCACCUGCACAUGCUAGGUCUGCCUAAGAAUCCGCUCUAAACGACACCUACAAACCGAACCACAGCGCAACGGGACGCUAUAUAUCCUCGACAUCCUCCACGAUGCUCACCACAGCGCCGCACCUCCACAUAAGGCGGCCCUCGCCCACAACAGCAGAAUUCAUCGUAACAACCUGCCCGCCCAUGACUCUCGCCCUCCGCCUCCUCCUUCUCGCCGUCUUCCUCGGCCGCCUCCUCCUCGCAACCAGCGUCCUCCUCCUCCUCCACUCCAAAUGGGAGCUCUCCCCCUUCGCCUCCACCGCCUCCUCCACCACCACGGCCCCCCCCCCAACCUCCUCCUCCUCCCCACUCGACCUCCUCUCCGCCUCCACGCUCCACCACCUCCUCCACCUGGCCCACGCCUCCGCGGCAGGCCGCCCGCUGGCCCGGCUCGCGGCUGCGACGCCGGCCUGGGCGCUGGGGCCCGCGUGCCUGGCGGCGCUGUACGCGUCGGUGGUCCGCGCGCACGCCACCGAGUCGCUGCUGGUGCUGCGCGGCCUGGGCGUGCAGACCGCCUCGACGGGGGCGACGUACCUGGGGGGCGGGGCGGGGAGCGCGCGGUUCAUCCCCACGGAGAAAAUUCGGGACGUGCUUAUCAACGAGGCGUUUCGGGGGUUUGAGGUUAGGUACUACCUUGUUGUUGUGGUGGAGGGGGAGGAGGAUGUUGUUGUUGUUUUCCCUGGGCUGUUGCCUGGGAGGAGGAUCGUUGAGACGGUCUGGAGGGGGGUUAGGGGUUGCUUGUAUGAGUCGGAUGGGGGCGUCAGGAGGUUGGAUGAGAAGGGGUGAACUACCAGAUGGCCCCGUGUUUUUGUUCUUGUGUGGUCUUCUCGUUUAUGUACAGC